AGAAGAGCUGCAGAGAGAGUAGCCGGCAGAGAGAAAGAAAAAUAAAGAGUUGUUUUUCUUUUCUCUAAAUUUAUUCUCAAUUUGUAUUCUCCUUAUAUAUUCUUGAGUGUGUGAGCUUGGGUAUAUUUGGGGCUUGGGUUUCUGAGUGUUAAACACUAUUGUAUUCUCUCAUUUGAUUAUAGUGGAAUACUCCGUCGUCUCCAAACUGGAUGUAGGCAUUGCCGAAUCAGUAUAAAUCUUGGUGUUCUUGUUGGUGUUGUUUUGUGUCCAUUAUUUUAUCUCCUGCUAGUUGUGUUUAUUUUCACUCGCACUUGAUUGACGCUUCCGCACAACACAGAGCUUGAGAUUAAGGAGGAGGAAGUGACAGGGGCUCAAGGAGUGUUGAACGCUUUUCGUGAGGAUAUUGAGUUGAACCGGAGGCAACUAAAUGCGAUUAGGGGGUCUGUUGAGAAGGAGAAGAACGUGUUGGUUUUGAAACAAGAGGGGGUUAAAGCAGCGGGUAAAUCUCUUGAAGAAUGUCACAAGGAAAUUAAACUGAAAAAGGAGAGACUUUGUCUGAUUCAGAAAGUAAUGGUGCAAUGCUCUAAUUCACUCCAAUCUAGAGAGAAAACAAUCAGGGAAAUGGAGUUGAAGGUGAAAGAUUAUGGUUUGCUUAAGAAAUCCAUGGAGGAAUGGUCCUGUAAACUUGAAUCGAAAGAGAGGGAACUUGAAGGAUGGGUUGAGAAGUUUGAAUUAAGAAACAAACAAGUUGAGUCAAAAUUUGAGGAACUCAAUUUGAUUCAUAACAGGGCCAAUGAAUUCCUCAAUGAGGUUGAGGUGCAAGUAAAUCAUUUUGAUUCACUCAGAAAAUUGAUGCAAGAACGCCAAAAACAUUUGGAUUCAGAAGCACUAGAACAUUCCCAUGGACUUGAAAUGAAAGAGAGGCAACUUGAAAAACAGGCCAAAGAGCUUGAGUUGAAACAAAAACAAUUUGAUUUGAUGAUUCAAGAACGCCAAAAGGAAUUGGAUUCACAAGAAAAGUUGUUACAAGAACAGGCCAAAGAGCUUGAAUUGAAACAAAAACAAUUUGAUUUGAUGAUUCAAGAACGCCAAAAGGAUUUGGAUUCACAAGAAAAGUGGUUACAAGAACAGGCCAAAGAGCUUGAAUUGAAACAAAAACAAUUUGAUUUGAUGAUUCAAGAACGCCAAAAGGAUUUGGAUUCACAAGAAAAGUGGUUACAAGAACAGGCCAAAGAGCUUGAAUUGAAACAAAAACAAUUUGAUUUGAUGAUUCAAGAACGCCAAAAGGAUUUGGAUUCACAAGAAAAGUUGUUACAAGAACAGGCCAAAGAGCUUGAAUUGAAACAAAAACAAUUUGAUUCGAUGAUUCAAGAACGCCAAAAGCAUUUGGAGUCAGAAGAAAAGUUGUUGCAAGAACAGGGCAAAGAGCUUGAAUUGGAAAAAAAACAAUUUGAUUCAACUCGAAAAUCCAUGGAGACCAAUGUUCCUUCUUCCUCCAGUAUUCAGUCAAGAGCCAACAGGUAUGGUAGAGGCUUGCAAUUGCUCAUGAAUGAGAAUUUGAAGAGAAUUGACUUAGUGGGUAGAGAAAUCUCAGGUGUUCUUCAGGCGUCAUCUGACCCAGCGAAACUGGUUUUGGAUGCAAUGCAAGGGUUUUACCCUUCAAAUUUGAAUGUGGACAACCAGGAGUUUGAUUAUGAUUUGAGAAUUAUUAGGAGGAGUUGUCUUCUUUUGCUACAGGAGUUGAAGAGAUUCUCACCACAAAUUAAUCUUCAUGUGAGAGAAGAAGCAAUGGAGUUGGCAGCUGAUUGGAAGGCUAAGAUAAAGGUGGCAACUGAAAAUUGGUUGGAGAUUUUGGGCUUUUUGCGGCUUGUUUCUACAUAUGAAUUCACCACUGCUUAUGAUGCGAAAGAGCUUCAAGCUCUUCUUGCUAUAGUUGUUAAGCAAGAUCAGGCUACUGAAUUUUGCCAGGCCUUUGGUAUCACAAACAAGGCACCUGUUGGCAACAUCGUUUCUUUACCUGUCAAAAUUGAGGAACCAGAAUGUUUACCGGUCAGAAGCGCAUCAACUUCAUCUUCUCCAAAUCUUCAACUAAGUGCCACCACAGAUGCAAGGAAUUUGCAGGGCUCUCCAAAUGAGCAUUUAAGUGGAAAACAGUCGAGGCAUAUCGAAAUGUUUGAUGCUCUGCAAAUGUCAUUAAACCCAGCAAAACUCGUUUUGAAGCUGGUGCAAGCAUCUUUAACUGAGCACUGGAAAAUUGGGCAUGUUGGUUCCAAAGAAGUUGUCAUGAAGAAGAACAUUUCCAUUUUGAAUGAUCUAACUAAAGUCAAACCGCAUGUUGGACUUGAUGCGAAAAAAGAUGCAGUAAGCCUAGCAGUCCAGUGGCAAGCAAAAAUGAGAGUAGAUACCGAAAAUUCGUUGGAGAUUUUGGGUUUUUUGCAGUUUGUAGCCGCAUAUGGAUUGCUCUCAACCUUAAACGGAGAUGAGAUUGUAAUACUUCUUGGGAUGAUUUGUCAGCAUGCACAGGCUCUUGAAUUAUGCGAGGAACUUGGUUUUGCAGAUAAGAUCCCUGAUUUUGUUCAGGAUCUUAUUGAAAGGAAGCAACUCUUUGAGGCAGUUAGGCUUAUUUGCUCCUUCAAGUUAAUUGAUACGUUCCAGCCAAUAUUACUAUUAAAAGAAUAUGUGGAGGAUGCAAAAAGGUCUUACAGGACAGCAAUGCUGGAAGGACCUUUUUCUUUAUUUUUGGGUGUGCUUGUACACAAGCAUAUUGCUGAUUUUAGAGCUGUGGUUCAAUGCCUCAAAGAUAACAACCUCGAGUCUGAAUUCUUAACCAAGGAAGUGGAAACAGAGAUAGCUAUGCUGGAAACACUGAAGAAGAGUUUGAGAAGUUCGGUGAAACGUAGUACCGAGACUCAACCACUUCAACUGCGUCAAAGUAAGCGUCUGAGAGAGCUGAAUGAGCGACUAUGAUGGACAAGUGUAUAUAUUUUUGUUAUGCUGAAAACCAUCCCUGUAAUUCUACUGAUGCCCUAAAUGUUGAUAUGUUGUGUGGUAUGUAUGCAUGUUCCUAAUUUGGCAACAAGCCUAUACUGUAUUAAG